GUCCCGCCACCGCGCCGCCGAGGAGGUGCGCUCCGACUUCCAGCGCAGGGUGCCCUACAGCUACCUGCAGCGCGCAUACAUCCAGGGGCUGAGAAUGGACAGGAGUUUUCUUACCUGUGGGCAGCACUGAUCCUGGGGAUGUGUUUGCAGGCUGUUAACCAAGAGUCUGAGAUGCACUGAGCUCCAGAGCUGAACAAGCUGGAGGAGGCAGCAAAUGCAGCCCACACCUUCUUCAUGGCAAACCCUGAGCACAUGGAGAUACAGCAGGACCUCGAGAACUACAAGACCACGUCAGGGAAGGUCAGCUUGGUUGACCAGGAGGCCAGGCAGCACAUGGAGGACUACAGUGCAGGGGUGAGGCACUAUGACAAGGAGGAGUACGAGCUGGCCAUUGAGCUCCUGGAGCGUGCCUUGGAAGGAUACUACUCUGAGGAUGAGGAUUGCCAGAUCAUGUGCGAGGGGCCGCAGAAAUUUGAGGAGCAUGAGUACCUGGAUUACAAGGCUGGUCUCUACGAAGCUAUUGCAGAUCACUACCUGCAGGUGCUGGCCUGCAAACACGACUGCGUGCGGGAGCUGGCCACGCGCUCGGGCCGCAUCUCGCCCAUCGACAACUUCUUGCCCCUGCACUACGACUACCUGCAGUUCGCCUACUACCGAGUUGGUGACUAUGCAAAAGCCCUGGAGUGUGCCAAGUCCUACCUGCUUUUCCACCCGGACGAUGAGGAUGUCCUGGAGAAUGCAGGUUAUUACGAGGGUCUCUUGGAAGGUACAGUGGAUCCAGCCACCAUCAAACCCAGAAAGGAAGCCAGAACGCUGCUGCGGCGCCACAAGCUGGAGUCCCACCUGCUGCAGGUGGCUGCGGCCGGGCUGGGAUACGCCUACACGGAGCCGAACUACUGGAACAGGUACGGCGCCCGCCAGGACGAGCACAGUGUCCCAUCAAGUAUCAGCAGUGAACCAGAGGAUGGGCCCCGGCUGUCCCUGACCAAGAAACCCAUGCCAAAGCCAGAUCGAGAGCUGAAGGAGGGGGGCCCUCUUCUCUACAGCGAUGUGAAGUUUGUCUACAACUCUCAGCAGCUGAAUGGCACCCAGCGGGUGCUGCUGGACAACGUCAUCUCGGAGGAGCAGUGCCGGGAGCUGCACAGGGUGGCCAGUGGGAUCAUGUUGGCUGGAGAUGGUUACAGGGGCAAAACCUCCCCCCACACCCCGAAUGAGAGAUUCGAAGGAGCCACUGUCCUCAAAGCCCUCAAGUAUGGCUACGAGGGCCGUGUCCCCCUGCAGAGUGCCCGGCUGUUCUAUGACAUCAGUGAGAAGGCUCGCAGGAUCGUCCAGUCCUACUUCCUGCUCAACUCCACGCUCUACUUCUCCUACACACACCUGGUGUGCCGCACCGCCCUGAGCGGCCAGCAGGAGCGAAGGAAUGAUCUGAGCCACCCCAUCCAUGCUGACAACUGCCUCUUGGACCCCGAGGCCAACGAGUGCUGGAAGGAGCCUCCUGCCUACACCUUUCGGGAUUACAGUGCCCUCCUGUACAUGAACGCAGAUUUCGAAGGUGGCGAGUUCAUUUUCACCGAGAUGGACGCCAAAACUGUGACAGCCUCCAUCAAGCCCAAGUGCGGGAGGAUGAUCAGCUUCUCGUCGGGCGGCGAGAACCCCCACGGGGUGAAGGCUGUCACCAAGGGCCAGCGCUGCGCCGUGGCGCUCUGGUUCACCCUGGACCCUCUCUACAGAGAGCUGGAGCGAAUCCAGGCCGAUGAAGUGAUUGCAAUGUUGGACCAGGAGCAUCUAGGACCCAGUGAAAUGAACAUCAAUCCAAAGGAUGAGCUAUGAACUAGGCCAAAGACUUUUUCUAUUAAAUAUUUAUUUAAUAUUGUUAAUCUUAUUAGAACCCUUCUAUUUUUGUACAGAGAUGCUGUAUAAAUUAACAGGUUAAUAUGAUUGUGGAGUUUCAGGAAUGCCUCUUCUGUGUUUAGCACAGCUUUUGCUGGAACCCUCAUCCCUGUGCCACCAUCUCCAGGUGGGGCUGACUGCUUCCAGAAUUCCCUGCUUUUUUCUAGCACUUCUCAGGACUUGUUCAGGCCCACUCCACCCCCUUGGAAAACCUAUUUUCUUUAUUUCUCAACCAAAAAUAGCUGCUUCUCUUUAGCAUCUGCUGGAGAAAAGUCUCAGGUGUCCUAAUGCACCAGUCUUCCUGCUCCUGCUUCCUGCUAGGUGAAACUGGAACACAAAAACUGGAGUUAUGACUGUCCCUCACCAUUUGAAAUAUGCCUUUUAGGGGAAAAAAAACAAAGGAAAACCCAAGUCCUAGCAAAAUGGAGAUACCUCUGUGGCCAUGCAAAGCUGGUGUUUGGGCAUUAAUUCAGAUCAGAGCUUUGGGAAAUCAGCUGCUGAGCAGGGCCACGAGCACAGGCAUGGAGGGAUGUGAUCUGCAGCUGACUCUGGUGAAAUAGGGUCUGUCACUCUUGUUCAGUCCCUUCUCCUGCUGGCCUGGGAACAUGAAGGAUGCUGCUUCACACUGCAUUCUUUGAGCUUCCAGCCCAGUCUGCUGCUAGAACCCAAAGUUUGUAAUUUCUGGGUCCCUGUUGGAAAGCAGCUUAGGCAGUUACAGUGCCAUGGUGUUGGAUGGUCAUGGUGCAGCCCUGUACUCUGGAUGUCCUGGCUGCAUCCUCCCAUCCUGGCAGUGCAGAAGCAGCAGAUGUUCAUGGUGUGGCACUAUCUAUUUGCUCAGAGUAGUUCUGAUCCAGCCUCAGGAUGUUGCAGUGAAAGCAAGUAGUCAAGUAACUGCUGCUAAGCCAGUAAAUCAUUCCUCCCCAACAUUAAACUUCGUCCUGUGUGAGAUCAUUGCAGCCCCUGUCUCAAUCAGAACAGGCACAGAAUUGCUGUCCCAGACAUAAAGACAGCUUUUAUUUUGACCCAACAGCUGCUUCUGCUAC